GGUCAGUAGGAGACUGGAGCUCAGUGUGAAGACUCGCAGCUGCACCGCAGACCAGGAACCAGAACCUGGAUCUCCUCUCUGGCUCGGACCCGAGACAUGGAGUACAUCCAGAGGACUCAGACAGUGUGAAAGUUUGCGCUGUGGAUAUGGAGACACGCGUGAGAAGACAGUUAACCGGAGUGAAGUCGCGCGUCAGUCUCGCCUCCAGGCUCUGAGGCGCAGCGGAGGAUGACACCUGCACUCCGCCUGGCGAGGACCGACACUUGGCACCUGUGAAGACCGGGUCAGAGCUUCUGCAAGAGAGACUCUGUGCCUCCGGUUCUGCAGACGCAUCUCCGCCUCAUCCUGCAGAAACAGCGCGUUUGCUGCGCGCCUUCGUAUCUUUGCAUCGUUGCGGACUGCGGCAGGGAUCAUCUCGUACCCGGACACCUCGCGCACACAGGUGACGUUCCUCCCGUCCAGCUCACCCUGACAUGUCUGCACCGCUCAUCUCUUCACCUCUGCUGGAUAUUAAGACAUAAAAGAGAGCUCAGCCUCGUCCCCCUCUCUCCAACAGCAGUCUAAUCUCUGGAGCACUGACUCACCAUGGGCACUGUGCUAUCGCUGUCUCCCGGCUCUCGGAAAUCAGGCUACUAUGACAACCGGCCGGGCUCGCUCAGCCACUACCCGAGCCUCAGCAGCCGCUCUCUGAACAGCCAGAAGGACCGCGGGCUGAAGAGGGGCCAGUCCAUCUUCCUGCCGGCGCUCACGUGGAAGCGACUGGUGGCCUCGACGAAGAAGAAGGGCAACUCCAAGAAAGGUGGCCCAGCAGCCCUCGGGGACCCUCUCAACAACAACAACAACAUCAACAUCUACCAGAAGGACCCCGUGUUGCACCUCAACCGCGAGAAUGUGAAGAAGUCGCUCUCUUGUGCCAACCUGUCCAGCUACGAGGGCCCAGCAGGACUGGGUUUAGGGCUCGGUUAUGGCCUGGGGUUGGGCCAGGGGCACGGAUGUGGCUACAGCAAGUCCCAGCAGCUUUCCUCUGUGAAGAAAAUCCCCCAAGGGACAGUGACGUCGUCCCCGAAGAGAGUCAUCGUCCAGGCGUCCACCAGCGAGCUCCUUCGCUGCCUCGGGGAGUUCCUGUGCUGUCGCUGCUACCGCCUGAAGCACCUGUCUCCGGCCGACCCGGUGCUCUGGCUGCGGGCCGUUGAUCGCUCGCUGCUGCUGCAGGGCUGGCAGGACCAGGCCUUCGUCACACCGGCCAACGUGGUCUUCGUCUACAUGCUGUGCAGAGACGUCGUGGACGGCGACCUGGUGGCGUCGGAGCACGAGCUGCAGGCCAUCCUGCUCACCUGCCUCUACCUGUCCUACUCCUACAUGGGCAACGAGAUCUCGUACCCGCUCAAGCCCUUCCUGGUGGAGGCAGGUAAGGAGGCCUUCUGGGACCGCUGCCUCGCCAUCAUCGACGCCACCAGCGCCAAGAUGCUGCGCAUCAACGCAGACCCGCACUUUUUCACUCAAGUAUUUGCUGAACUGAAGAGUGAAGGCGGCUGUGGGCCUCAGGACUACAGUCGAGUGCUGGACCGGUGAGGGGACGUUUGAUCCUUGCUGACCGCAUGCCUUUUGUACACUCAUGCAUUCACACGUUUGUCUCAUACAGAUUCCUCUCACCCUUUUCUUCAGUGAAGGCCUAUCCUGACAGAGUUACGUAGACGUAUUUAAUCAUCCCAUCUGUGUUUGUUGCCUUUGUCCCGUUCCAUCCACAGAUAGAAAUAAGCUUCUGUCGCACCUCAGAGUUCCUCUGAUAAUUGGCCAGCAGAGGUUCCUAGUUGUGUUUGUUUUCCCGGAGUGUCCACCUGAGUUUACUUGAAUUGAGGCACCAUUUGGCCCACCUGUGCCCCCGUCUGACCCCCCAUGAGUGCAACCCCAGCUGCCCUUCCCCCCUCCUAUCUGAAUGUGAUCCGGACAAGAAGAUCAUCGCUCACACGAGACCAUCACGGAUUUGUUUUAUUCUGAACUCCACCGAGUGGAAACAGACGAUAUAAUCCACCUAGGCCGAGUUAUAUUUUCCUGGACGAUACAAGGAGACAUCUUGACAUCCGCUGCUGGCUAAGCCCUCGUGUGCCAGCAGUGAAAAGUGACUCAGACUGAUGGGAACAGCUGAGAGGUCCAUGUAAGGUCCCGCUGGUCCUGCUGUGCGCUGUGUAAUCACUAAAGCAAAACGAACAGGCAGUGUUUUGUGGAGCCUUUUGAGGGGUCGUCUGGCCCGAGGGGACAGUCGCUAUUUUUUUCCUCCUUGCCCACUCAAACGUGCCAGUGGACUCCUCUGUUAUCUCAUCUUGGAGGGUUUCAUGGUGCAAGCAGAACAGGGAUUUAAGAUUGACAGGUUUUGUGUGGGCAUGGCUGUGUGUGUGUGUGUGUGUGUGUGUGUGUGUGUUUGUGUGUGUGCAGUGGGACGGCAGCCAGGGUCAUCAGCUGUUUACUCCAUCCUUUGUUCCCGGCGUCUUGUUGACAGGGCACCCACAGCCAGGGUAUUAAUGAGAUUAGCAGAUUACUGCAGCCCCUCCCCUCUCUCAACCUCUGCCCCCAUCUUGUCCACUCGGCAGCCCUGCAGAGCCUCGGUGGCUAAUCCAGGCCAGGCUGGACCGGGCUGGACUAUAAACACACACUUGUACACAAACACACACACACACACACACAUUUUAAAUACCUAGUCGUGUGUGCUCGAUUCUCCUCGGUGCGUGAAUAAAACGCCACACGUGUGCAGCUCAGGCUCCACCGCAGAGGCAGCAGCGAGAUCCCGUCAGAUGACCACUGUUGUGGUUAAACGGGUUUGUUGCUGUCCCACUUUCUCAUCUGCCAUCAGGAGGCUUGUUUUCUCUCGACUCCUGUUACUCUCGUGCUAAAUUAUUCCCUUGAAUGAACCGUCGGCGUUCGCGCUCCGGUAGCUUUGCAUCGCUCCGUCCCCAGUGUUUUAAUGUGUGUUUGAGCAUGUCAGAGAUGGUCGCAGAUGAGCUCAAUAUAUUUUAAAGCAUAUUGUUGAUCCCUGGUAAAAAAGUAGCACAAAUUAACUGCUUAUCAUGCAUCACAGCGGCUUCGAGAUGACAGUAAAUUGGGAAAGUUACAGUGUGGUUUGUCUGUGGUUGUUAUAACUCCAACCAAAGACAUUUAUUCUUGUGUUAUUCUGACAUUUUCCCCAAAAAGCAAAGGAAAAAAUAAAAGCCCAAAACGAAUGGGCUGAAUUAGAGGAUGAAUUAGUUUUCUCCAUUAAUCGUCUUCAAAACCCCUCAAAUGUAUCUCGCGACCCUCGGGUUGUGAUCCACCGGUUCGGGAAGAUGUCUUCAAUGGUAUGCAGCAAAGCCGUAAUCUUAUUGUGCUCAGGCAACUGGAGGUUUAAGCGCUCCACUUUCCUCCCCCAUGUGAAAGUCGUCCUUGCACACUCAGCUGUGACACACUGCAGCACACUGUAUGCGCACUCGCCCGCAAGGUCGCAUGAUAAACAAGCAUCUCUAUCGGAUCCGACCUUUACACACAUGUGCUGACAGGGACGUGUACGGUGGAGUGACCAAGUCUGAGGGAGCAGCCGCUGAAACCAACCCAGACUUUUUACGUCCAAACCCAAAUUAAAAGAAGAUGCAGUUAAUGUAUAAGACAGCCUCGGUGUUGCAGUCGAAGCAGAGUCACGUAAAAAUUAUAAAACACUGGGCAUGUAGCCCCAACACGUGAUAUGUAGGAAUUUUAGUUGAAAACAUUCUGAGAUCCUAGACCUGACUGCUAGCUGCACUGCUAACCAAGCUAACUUGCUAAUGGUAGCUAAAAUUAGCAGCUGUUGUUCUGGCAACAUGCUGCCCCCUCUUCAUUUUGAGAUGCCAAUUCGUACAUAUUGCACCUUUAAUAUUACGUAUUUUACUACUAUUACUAUAUUAAACUUGAAAGAACUCGACCUGCACCCAGGCAUCAUUUAUGCGUUUCUGCUGGGUUUGGGUCCAUUGGGAUCACGUGCUCCGGUUCCCACAAAGUUUAAGGAGCUGAAAUGAAAAGUAGCCCAAACCCUGCUGCCUAGAUGUUAGCCAGCUAGCUAACUUUGCCAAGAUUGGUUCAUGUGAAAGCAUCCACAGGGAAUCCCUUUUCAUUAUAACCUUCAGCUUAACUUAAAAUCCUCUCGAGUUCUCAAACAACGGCUACAAUAACUAGUUGUGAUGCUACAGGGUCACUGCUUUGCGUCACGUCUGUUUUUGUUUGUUUUACGGCUCGUGGUCACACCAUCGCUGUGUCCCAUGGAGGCAUCGCCAUCAAAAUCUAAUAAAAGCUGGCAUGAUGGGCUGAUCUAAUUAAAGCAACUUUUUUUUUUUUUUUCCCAGCCAUGGAGGGCAAACCUUAGUCAACCUUGGACCGGCGUUGUGCUCGUCCUUGUGUGCAAACAAACACACUGCGGUUCACAUCCCCUCCUUGGGUAAUCCAGUCCUAAUCCUCCCACCCAAUCAAAUAGAGAGAGCGAGCACACUGGGAUGAAAACAUGAGGAAAUAAGUAAACGGUUCAGAAUCUGAUGAGAUUUGGUGUCACACUUGUCGUGCACUCUUGGUCCCCCAGUUCAGCCUUCCAAAUCCUGCGGUUAACAAACUGGGGGGGCCUCAGAGACCCAGAGCUCAACCCUGCUGCCCAUCCCAGCUCGCCCGGGCUUAUUGGAGUCAGGCCUGCCUCUGAGGGACCUCGCAUGAGCUCACACCAGUCAACCAGAGCGGAGUGACGGCAGUGAUUCACGCUCAGAGAGUCUCUUUUUCUUUCUGGGGCUUUGACUGGCAGCCAUUUUGGGCUCGUUGUUGCGGUCAGUGCAGCUCUCUCUCUCUCUCUCUCUCUCUCUCUGGCCCUGGUUUUGACAAGGACACCAGUGUCUUGACUCUACCUCCCCUCCCCUCACCUCCCUCUCUCUCUUCUCCCCCCCUCCAACCCCGUUUGCACACACACUCAGCUGUUGUUCCCUGCCCGUUUCAUUAGAUUUGACACCCCACACCCGCCAGCCAUUGUCAGGACGAGGAAGGGCAGAAUGGGACUGUUUGUUGGCACCGGGUUGGAUGCGUUUGUGUGUGAAUGUGGGUCAAAGUUAAGGGCAACAGCUGCUUCCACCACCCAUCUCCUGUCGACCUGGACAUUAAAUUAAAUCAUAAGAUACAGUAGAGUGUGUUAAUGCUAUGCAGGUAUCAACUCUUGACCUGGCGGAUAAGGAGCAAUCUGCUGUAGCGCCGUUUAAUGAAAAGCAACUGUUGCUCCUAUUUGGGUCAUGUUUCACGCUUGUUAUUGGCAGGGACACAGGGGAACCAUGGUCACUUAAGCUUAAUUGAGCUUUAACGAAAUUUGUUAAAUGUGACGCACUUCAGUCGCAACUGUCCCCUCUUUCAGAACCUCCGUCCAAUCAGUCACCGAGCUGGAUCGCGUAGCUGUUCCUCCAAUCGUCUCGCAGGAGCGUAGCGGCCUCCGGGGCCAAUUAACUCGCAUCUCAGCCGCAGCGCUAAUUCUCCUUCAUCCAAUCAAACCCGUCAGUGUGACUUCCUGAACUCUCUGACCAACUGCAAACGGACACAUGAUGCCUGUGACAUCUCUGUGGAUUAUCGUUGCAGGAAACUGACUCAUACACGCGAUUAAACUGGAGCUAUCUCUGUGGAUGGGACCCUCAUCUGGGACUUUACAGAACAUUUCAGACGGGCCUUAGACUGGCUCUGUUUCGGAGAGUUUUGAGUUUGUGUGAAAAAUGUGAUAAAAGAUUUAACGGAGGAGACUUGUGUUAUUCCAUAUUUUUCUUACUGUCAACGAACAAACAUGCAUUUCACAGUAAUUUGGCUACUUUCCAUGCAUUAAGCCUUAAAAAAACAAAAACAAAACAUGAAUGUAUAGUUUUAUUCUGUUUUAAAAUAGCUAAUUACUUCCCCAUAAAACCUGGGCACUGUAGCUUUUAACAAAUAUUACUCAAACAGGAGGAAAAAAACGAAUUUAUUAGGUAACUAUUUUCAGCUGCGGAGGAAUACAUGUUUGCUGUUCUGAUAAGUUAAAGUUAAAAGUGCCUACGUUCAUUGGAUUGAAGAAAGUUUCCCCCGGUGCAAUAUUGUGGUUAAUUAAUGUGUGUUUUUGGACAAAAUGGCGCUCUCCAAGACAAUAGAUUAGGUGUUCCAAGUGAUUGUUUUGCUCUUUUGUUGACAAUAAGAAAAAUAUAGCAUAUAACAAGACUUUUCACCACAGCUCUGUGAGUUGUGUUAUCUCGGUAUGCUGCUGCUGCUGCUGUAGGUCGGUGUGAUAUCUCAGACGACACACCUCAGACUGACGAUGUAAAUAUGUGGGAGUGUGACAAAAAAAAAAGAAAGAGCUGAAAAGAAAAUGAACAAAAACAAAAUUGUCUUGCUGUGUAGUAGCAUGCAUGCCAGCCAGGUAGUUUAGAAAACGUUUCUUUUUUUAAUUAUUAUUAUUAUUACCUCUGCUUUUGUUUUUGAUUUUUAUAUAUGUGAUGUUUUAAAAGACCGAUUGUUUCUUUGGUAACUUAAAAACUUUGGAUCUCGUUGGAGUGUUUUCCUUUUUAUAGGAAGCCGUGGUGUGAUCAACAGUAUUAAAGUCUCUUCUUGACUGCAGGUGUAACUAUCGUCAUUACGGUGGUCUGUUCUUAUGUUUAGAGACAAUAGAGACAAAAAAAUAAAAGAUAAAUGAAUAAACAAUCGACGCUCAUCUUCUAAAGCCUGACAGAGCGAAGCAUGUGAAUUCUUAUGAGCGAUGACAGAAUUGUAAGCAUUUUUAUUUUGAGCUCAGCCGUCGUACCAGACUUCACUCGUCCAUUUGCUAAUUUAGUUGUGGUCGCGAUGCAUCAUCUGCUGCCCCUGAGAUUCACACAGACGACGGUAUACAUUAAGAAAUGAUCGAGUUAGCCGCUAUCAAUAGCUUUCUUCGUCAGCGCGCCAGCUGGUGACACAAAGGUGGCCGUUGUGCAUGCAGCGUUUGUCGCAGACAGCUCCGGCUCAGCUUCACUGAUUGUAGCUUCACCUUUUUUUAUUUUAUUUUAUUUUUUUUCGAAUUUUCCCCACAGCUUCACGUUCACCACAGCCUCCUUCUCUGUGUUGCGUCAACACUGGACAGAUGUUAAUACAAAAUAUGAAUAUGUAACUCUUCAUCUCCACGAGUCUCUAUAGUUCCGUUCAUCGGCCAUCGUUGUGAUGAAGCGACACAUCACCUCCAGUGACUUUUGUAAAGCCACUAAAAUGUGUGUGAAGCUAAAAAGUAAGAAAUAUUUAAAAAAAAAAAAAAUGUUGAUGGGGAAACUUGAAGAAAAAACAGAAGUGACUGUUUCAUUUUUCAUGUUUGUUUUUUUUUGUUGUUCCUUUUUCAUGAUGAUGAUGUUUACUAUGUUGAUUAUUUAAUAAAGCAUCGA